AUGGUCAACAAUAUCAAGAUCACUUACCCUCCGAGCAUUAGGGAGGAGGUGGCACAACACUUUGAGAAGCUUUACGAGCACAAAUUAAUGGCUAAACUUAUUGAUUGGGACGUGGAACUCAGAAUGUUUUCGAAGCAGUUAUCCCAUGAUCUUGAAAGCCGAUUCUUUGAGGAAGAAGUGAAUGAGGCGUUUAGCGCUCUCAUGUACAAGGCUGCUGCUAUGAGGCUAUGUAAAGGAGUGGAAAUUGGCAACAGUGGUCUUACUAUUUCCCAUUUGCAAUAUGUGAACAACACCAUGAUUUUGAACAAACUGGAUCUUAAGAGUGUUCUAAAUGUUAAGAGGGUUCUAAGAGCUGCUAGGGACUGUUUAGGACAUCUUAGCAUUGGAAGGGUGUUACGAGAUGACUUCGGUGCUGUUAAGCUCGUUUUCUAUAAGAAAGCUGGUUGGGGUGACGCUAACCUUGCAGAGGUUCUAGCAGUGAGGGAGGCCAUGAUCCUGUUUGCAGCCUCCUCUUGGGUGAACUCCACCAGCAUCAUCAUCGAAUCCGACUCUUCUAAAAAGGAACUGAAAUUUGGCUGGCAAAUUGUUGUUGGUACCGUGAUUGGAUUCUUAGGAGCAGCAUUUGGAAGUGUAGGUGGUGUGGGUGGUGGUGGCAUUUUUGUUCCCAUGCUGACUCUAAUCAUUGGGUUUGAUAAAAAAUCAUCAACAGCUAUAUCAAAAUGUAUGAUCAUGGGGGCACCAGCCUCAACCGUUUACUAUAAAUUAAGGCAAAGGCAUCCCCGACUUGACAUGCCCAUGAUUGACUAUGAUUUGGUGCUGAUUACCCAGCCGAUGCUCCUGCUAGGCAUUAGCAUAGGAGUCACUUUCAAUGUGAUAUUUCCAGACUGGACAGUCACAAUUUUGCUAAUUCUUCUCUGUACAGGUACAUCUGUUAAGGCAUACUUUAAGGGUGUUGAGACACGGAAAAGGGAGACUGUAUUGAAACAGGAGGCUGCCAAGUUGUUGGAAUCACAGACUGUGACUCCAAUCGUGUACAAAACUCUUCCUGCUGGCCCAAGCAAUGAGCCUGGAAAGGAAAUCAAGAGACGAGAGGUACCAGUUUCUGUUGGGAUAAAUCUAUAUGAGGCAAAUGGCCUGUGCAAAGGAUGGAAAGUGAUUGCCUCCAAGGGUGAUGAAGGCACGAAUUGGAAAGGGUAUCAGCUUGUUCUCUGCUGUGCUUGUGGCAUGGUAGCAGGAAUAGUUGGUGGACUUCUUGGAAUAGGUGGAGGAUUUGCUAUGGGUCGAUUGUUUUUGGAGCUGGGAAUUCCUCCUCCGGUCGCAAGUGCCACAGCCACAUUCGGGAUGACCUUCUCCUCCUCAAUGUCUGUUGUAGAAUACUACCCUCUGAACCGUUUCCCAGUUCUGACUCUGUACUUCAUCGUGGUAUCCGUCAUUGCGGCCUUAAUAGGUCAACACACUGUCGAUAAGCUGAUCAGAUUAACCGGAAGGGGACCCAUUAUCAUCUUUGUCCUACCCUUCACGAUGUUCGUCAGCGCUAUUUCACUAGGAGGGGUUGGCAUAUCAGGCACGAUGGAGAAGAUUGAGCAGAAUGAUUACAUGGGAUUUGAGAACCUCUGCAAAUACGAGGGAUAG